UACCUACAUACAUAGUAUCAUCCAUCGGGGGCAGGAAGGACUUUCUUUCUGAUCAAUCGCCGCCGCAGAGAGAGAGAGAAUGUCAUCGUCCUCAAGCAGCGGACUUACAUUCAAGCUCCAUCCUUUGGUGAUACUUAAUAUAUCUGAUCACUACACCAGAUUGAAGUGCCAAUCACACCCCUCGCUUGCAGCCAUUAACGCCGUCGAGGUUGCUUCUCCGUCUCAGUCUACUCCACCUAGGGUCUUUGGUUGCGUCAUCGGUGUCCAGAGAGGAAGGACUGUCGAGAUCUUCAACAGCUUUGAGCUUCUCUUUGAUCCUUCCACCCACGCAUUGGACCGAUCCUUCUUGGAGAAAAAGCAAGAGCUCUAUAAGAAAGUCUUCCCCAAUUUCUAUAUACUUGGAUGGUAUUCUACUGGGAAUGAGGUUCAAGAGUCCGAUAUGCAUAUUCAUAAAGCCUUGAUGGAUAUCAAUGAGAGUCCAGUGUAUGUCCUUCUCAAUCCUUCCAUCAAUCACACACAAAAGGAUCUCCCAGUGACUAUCUAUGAAAGUGAGUUGCACGUUAUUGAUGGAAAUCCACAACUUAUUUUUGUAAGAUCAAGUUAUACCAUCGAGACUGUAGAAGCAGAACGUAUAUCUGUUGAUCAUGUUGCCCAUCUUAAACCCUCUGAUGGGGGUUCUGCUGCAACCCAAUUGGCUGCCAACCUCACUGGAAUACACAGUGCCAUCAAGAUGCUGAAUAGCAGAAUCAGAGUGCUUCACCACUAUCUCGUUGCUAUGCAGAAAGGUGAUAUUCCUUGCGAGAACUCAUUGCUUAGACAAGUAUCCAGUCUUUUGAGAAGAUUACCAGCAAUCGAGUCAGAGAAAUUUCAGGAUGACUUCCUAAUGGAAUAUAAUGACACCUUGUUGGUUGCUUACCUGGCCAUGUUAACAAACUGUUCAAGUACGAUGAAUGAGCUGGUGGACAAAUUGAACACUACAUAUGACAGGCACAGUAGAAGGGGGGGUGGACGUACGGCUUUUUUCUGAAAGCUUAAUAAUAAUAAUAAUAAUUGAUUCUUGUUCAUACUUGUGUGUGUGGCAAGACAAGAUGACAAGAUGACAUUUCUAUGAAUCAUUAUUAAUAUUGUUAUUACAAUCCACUUUUGAGUUGGAGUGGAGGAGAGAAGGGUUACAUGAAUGAUGAUAUGCAUGAGGAAGAGGAUUAUUGAUAGUCCAUUGUGACUGACACGUUUUUCUCAUCUCAUCCAUCUUUAUUAUUGGGGUGUGAGGAUUGUAAAAGUUAUUUUAGUAACUAAAGACAAUAGAGUUAGUUAGU